AUUGCUAGUUUGCUACCAGUGUGGUUUUGCUCAAUCAUGAAUGUCAUGAUGAGCAAAGUGGUCUCUAUUUCUUGAGCUUCACAUAAUAUUUAAAGGGGAAGUUAGUGGCCUUUCUUCUCUUGCACCAAGAAGGUUAGAUAGAUGUCAGAGAGACCAAAAUAGCAUAGUUUCCCAAAAGCCUCUCUUUUUUUCUUGCACUGAGACAACAGGGUCUUAGCUUUGAUAGAUCGAAUGGCUCCAAAGAGAGAAGAGUGCGCCAAACGAGAAGUGAUGAAGAUGAAGUCUUCAGAAGCUGUUAUGAAGAACACGAAAAGGGAGGUCAAUAAGGGAGCUUGGACAGCUGGGGAAGAUCAAAAGCUAGCUGAGGUUAUUGCUAUUCAUGGUGCCAAGAAGUGGAAGUCCAUUGCAGCCAAAGCAGGGCUGAAUCGGUGUGGUAAGAGUUGCAGGCUAAGAUGGCUGAACUAUCUAAGACCAAACAUCAAAAGAGGCAACAUAUCUGACCAAGAAGAGGACUUGAUUCUCAGGCUGCACAAACUUCUUGGAAAUAGGUGGUCUUUGAUAGCCGGAAGAUUGCCGGGUCGAACAGACAAUGAGAUAAAGAACUACUGGAACUCCCAUUUGAGCAAGAGAAUAAGCCAGAGAGAGAAACAAAGAAGCACCGGAGGAGCAGGAGAUGAUGAUUCAACUAUACAAAUCUCCACGGUGGACCAGAAAGCAAGUGCUCAAUUUGGUGAUGAGCAGAAGAAAAUCUAUGGAGAAAUGAAACAAGAUUCAUCAUCAGAAGAGGGCACCACUACAACUACUACCACCACCAGUGCUUCUAAUAAAGGAGGUGAUGAUCAUGAACACUACUCAAACUCAGACAUUGAUAUUGAUGGCUUCUUUGAUUUCUCCAAUGAAGGGCCUUUCAAUUUGGAAUGGGUCAACGAGUUCCUUUACUAGAUGAUGAUGGUGCCAGAAGAUACAGUUCAUGGUUGUCUGGGUUGUAUGUGAUAUAUAUUUUCACCAUCUGUCAGCUUUUUUUACUUUCACUUUCUUUCUGGGCUAUAUAUUUGGGGAAAUGAAUUUGGUAGUAGAGUUCAUGUGGGUGCACUGGAACUGUAAAUCACUAACACUUUAGAUGCUCCUGUUCAUGAUUUUUGUGAAUUCAACUCCCUCUUGUUACUGUCA